AUGAUCCGCUGUGGUGAUCAGGAUUUCGAGGUCGGGGAUGUGUCACAGCUCUGGCUUCGUGCCAGGAUUCACCAGGCAUUUUCCAAAAUGUAUCAUCGCGAUCGAUUCAGAAUGCAUGCCUCCGCCCGCUGGUUAAGUCUCGACGACUUGGAGCAGUCCAUAGCAAAGACGGAUUUUCCCUAUAGGGAAAAUCCACUGACGGGAGUGAACACGACCGAUGCCCAUGGUGUAGCCCCUGCUGUAGCCCGUGCGAUCGAUAAGGAGACCAGGUCGGUCAUUUUACAGGUCCCAUUCGCAGCGUGGCUUCUAAAAGCGGUUGGGCGCGACACAGACGUGAUGGAUAUGUUCUUGGUGUACCUCGGGGUGCUCCGUAUUCGACUCAAUAGGUUUCUUCGGAGGUGUCCCGAGCCACUGCGGAUCAAGAAUGAACUUCAAACGAUCGUUCUCGGAGUAAACCCUCUUGCACGAGCAGUGAUGUCUGGCUGCAUCCAGAACACCCAGUCGUGGAAAUGUUUGACCCAUGAUCUUAAUAUCGGGUUCAUCAUUGACCCUCUUGCUGAUGUCUUCGGUCCCCGACCCCGCCGCUUGAACGCGGACGAAUUUUAUCUCCUGAACACCCGCUUCCAGAGUACCUACGACACUGAACGAGACAUCGAUCCGGUGUCUAGCUUCCGGACCGACUUGAUGUUCUUCCGGGGAAUCAGAGACAUGUCGCCAGAGUCACUAGCCAGCCGCAUCACAAACGAAGACUUGAGAUGCUUUCAAGCCGCGUACGCCCUCAUGCCUUCCGAGCGAGACGAGUGGCGGCGUCUCCUGGGUCACUCUUGGCGCCAUCGAAAUGAAGAUACAACCGAAUGCCUUCGAAAGGACCUGAGAUACGGUGGUCCCUUGGUCGAACUUGCCAUGUGUCUGUACAAGCAACGAAACUUUCAUGGAGUGACUGCAAUUGUGAUAGGUCUGAGGGUUGCUGACUACGAUGCAACAAUGAUCCCACGGGAGCUGCGCAGAAUUGUCGAAUAUGAGGGUAACUUUCGCGCGUGUCGCGACCAUUUGAGGGACAUGAGGGAGACGGGAAAGCCUGCGUUGCCUUUUAUAUAUCCCAUUUACAGGGAGUAUCAGUUGUCCGUUGAAAGUCUCCGUCGGCACGAAGCAUCUUCCCGAUACGAGGCUUGCUUGCAGAGAGUAACUUCAAACGCUGAUGACUUGCUCUGGUUCGGAUCAUACACGGCAAGGUCGGGAAUUGUGAAGAGAAUCGGGAGCAUGAUAUCAACGGUCGUGUCCGAACCCAACGAUGCCAAGACUAAGUUAUGUCACGUGUCAUUCAAUCAGCAUCCGGCAUCGUCACCCCUCAGUGAAGCCCCGCGCCGCGAUGUUUGCAAGCAGGUCAGGGUGAACAUGGACACCAACGUUUUGAUCAGAUCUGGUGACAUACUAGACCUCUAUCGGGACUUCGACAGAGUCUUACAGGCACUCAUCAACGAUGGAUGGAUCGUGCUGAAGGAUGCCACAGAUACAAACUCCAUUGAGCGGGUGGCGAGCAAUCAGCACGUCAACCACCUCCUCGCUGGAGUGAGCCCGCAGCCCUUCAAACAAAACCUCGCUAUCCUGAUGCCCGCUUCCCGACUGAAAAACUCCCCAUUUGAGCGCUUCCCUCGGGGGGAGACCCUAGCAGAUAAGAAAGAUGAGGUUCUUGGCUUGACUUGCUAUCAUCUCUUCGGCAAAGAUAAUAAGUCGCAGUGGAGGUGGCAAUACGAUAUAGGAGGCAGCAAGGGUGAUCUACCAACGGCCAUUGCAGCCACCGGUGGAGACGUGAUCAUAUGCAGUGGUUGGCUAUUACGACAGCUUCCCGAGCCGGAGGCCAAAACGGACCUAUACGUGGUAAAUUAUUAUCGGUCGGACCACCCUUGGUGA